AUUGCGCGUAAGUGUAAAGUGUUUCCGUAUUGGGCAGACAAAACUGAAUCGCUAUUCUUAGCUUGUCGUAGGACAGCGACCUUGACAUUUUCGGCACAUCCCAUUUCAUUGAGAACAUCGUGACGUAUUUAGGAGUUGAGAACAUUAUAUAAUUAUGUUUCAACUCGAUCAUGCGCGUGAUUGUACACGUGUUGUCGGUAUUGCUUUUGAUAAGUUCUUCGUUGCUUGAUAAAAUCUUUGCAGCUUGUUCUCAGCCGAGUAUGUUCGAAUGAUUACUCGUGUCGUGACUCUUCGAUGAUGACUCGAAGGAUACCGAGUUGUUAACGCGAUCCCGAGACGUCUUCAGUUAGAAUAGCCGACUGCAUAUUACGAAUUUCCUCCGAACGGUAUUGUUCUCUAGAACGGAUAGGUUUUAGUAUGUUUAAUAACAUCAAUAAUGGACGCGAGUAAAAAAUACGAAAAUCCCAAUCCGAAGUUAUUGGCGAAUCCUUUCAGUAGAUUAAUAUUCUGGUGGUUGAAACCGUUGUUUCUGUAUGGAAAGAAUCAUGAUCUUGAACUCAAAGAUAUAUAUAAUGUGCUACCAGAGGAUGUCAGUCAACGUUUGGGUGAUAAACUCGAGAGGAAUUGGCUGAAGGAAGUUAAAACAGCAGAGGAAUCGGGAAUAAAGCCUAAAUUUUUCAAUGCUUUAAAGAAAACAUUUGCAUGGUCAUUUUCUUACUUCGGAGGAUGGCAAUUCUUCCUGGCUGUUGUCAUAAAAGUUUUACAACCGUAUGUGCUAGGUCUACUUAUUUGGCAUUUUGAUCCCAGAUCAAUAUCCACUGUCACAGAAGCAUAUAUUUAUGCUUUAACUGUUGUAGUUUUAACUUUACUUAGUGCUGUAAUUGUGCAUCAUUCGAACUUAGGUUUAUUAGAAGUUGGUAUGAGAAUGAGAAUAGCAUGUUCCUCGCUGAUGUACAGAAAGAUCCUGCGCUUAUCGAAGUCUUCUACUAACAUUACAACCCCAGGACAGAUUGUGAACUUAAUGUCAAACGAUGUAGCCAGGUUCGAGCAAUUGUUUAUAGCGUUGCAUUACAUUUGGAUUUUACCAAUCCAGGGUGCUCUAAUUACCUUUAUGAUCUGGGAAAGCGUAGGAAUUGCUUCUUUAGCUGGUGUCUUUCUCAUAAGUGUUCAAACUAUACCAUUGCAAGGAUAUAUGGGAAAAUGGUUUUCAAAGCUACGAUUGAAAAUCGCAGUUAAAACGGACGAAAGAGUGUGUUUAAUGUCAGAGAUUAUCAACGGAAUCCAAGUAAUUAAAAUGUACACUUGGGAAAAACCAUUUGAAAAACUUGUUAGUGUUGUUAGAAGUCGCGAAGUGGACGUACUUACUAUUUCGUCGUACUUAAGAGGCUUCACUUUAGCUACCUUUGUGUUCACCGAACGCACAACAUUGUACUUUACAAUUGUGGCAUAUGUACUUCUUGGCAACAGUAUAUCUGCCGAUAAAGUAUUUUCCAUGGCUCAGUACUUUAAUAUAUUGCAACUGACUAUGGCCAUAUUGUACCCAAUGGCUGUUUCAUCCGCGGCAGAAGCUUCUGUAUCCAUUAAAAGAAUAGAGAAUUUCUUGUUGUUAAAAGAGAACAAUACUGUAGUUAAUGCUAAACCAGCUCCUGGGGAUGGCAGUAUCACAAUGAAAUGUAUUACGGCAUCUUGGACAGAGAAUGCGAUUACAAGUACAUUACAUGAUAUCAGUAUUCAAAUAAAGCCUGGAAAACUGUAUGCUGUUGUCGGUUCUGUUGGUGCAGGAAAGAGUUCGUUCCUGCAACUAAUUUUAAGAGAAUUGCAACAGUCACGCGGUGAUAUUCGAGUGAAUGGUGAUAUAUCAUACGCUAGUCAGGAGGCAUGGUUGUUCUCGGGCACAGUGCGCAACAACAUACUUUUUGGGCGGUCUUAUGAUAAAAAGAAGUAUAAUGAAGUCGUUAAAGUAUGUGCCCUUACUAAAGACUUCCAACAGUUUAGUCAUAGCGACAAAACGUUAGUCGGAGAUAGAGGCGCAUCUCUCAGUGGAGGACAACGUGCAAGAAUCAAUUUGGCUAGGGCUGUGUACAGAGAUGCCGAUAUUUAUCUGCUCGAUGACCCGUUGUCGGCAGUGGAUACACAUGUUGGAAAACACUUGUUCAACGAAUGCAUCAACAACUAUCUCCACAAUAAAACCAGAAUACUCGUGACGCAUCAAGUACAAUUUUUAAAAAAUUGUGAUCAUAUUAUUGUAUUGAAUAACGGUAAAAUCGAAUUCGAAGGCACGUUUACAGAGUUACAAGCGAAAAAUUUAGAUUUCUUAAGUAUGCUUUCAUCGGAAGAGCAGGAGGUGAAUACAGAGAAUGUGAAAAUCGAUGAAAAUCAUACUCCCGAUAUAUCUGUCAAUCCUCUCGACAACAGUAAAGACGACGAUGAAUCAGAACCUCAAGAAACCGAAGAAUUGAUGGGCAAAGGAGGCAUUUCGAAAUUACUUUACUGGAAAUACUUCCGAGCCGGAGGAUCGAUUCUAAUGAUUCUAGGUUUCAUGCUCUCUUUAAUUCUAGGUCAACUAGGAAGUAGUGGUAGCGAUUAUUUUGUUGCUUACUGGUCAAAACAAGAAGAAAUGCGUGUGAAAAAUAACAUUAAUCACACGUUUCAAUUAUUUCCACAACCUGCUAUUACCACUUCUGCUUCAGUUCUAACAAAUUCAAGUGAAGCGAUUGAUGAGAUGAUUGCCUUGGGCAUAGAUAGCUUUAAUGAGACGAUUCCGGAAUUCCUAACGACCUCGGACAGCAGCAGUUUAGAUAACAAUAAUACGUGGAUCAUUAACACUGGACCGCGUGUAGCAGAUUUCCUUGAUCGCGAGACCGCCCUGUGGAUUUAUGCGAUUCUCAUUUUAGCGAGCAUAGUCAUGACCACUGUCAGAAAUGUUAUAUUUUACAAGAUAUGCAUGAACUCCAGUAAAAAUCUCCAUAAUCUCAUGUUUUCAUCACUGUUGAAAGCUCCAAUGCUAUUCUUUGAUACUCAUCCAUCCGGUCGUAUCCUAAACCGUUUCUCAAAGGAUGUUGGAGCAGUUGAUGAGAUGUUACCAAGAACAAUGAUAGAGUCCAUCCAGAUAUUCGCAGUGAUGGUUGGAAUUUUGGCCCAAGUACUUAUUAUUAAUUGGUGGACAGUUUUCCCAAUGCUUAUCGUGGGCUUCUUGUUCUGGCAAAUACGAAAUAUUUACCUCAAAACGGCACAGGACGUAAAACGUUUUGAAGGAAUAACGAAAAGUCCUGUCUUCUCCCAUGUCAGCUCUUCAUUGUUUGGAUUAACUACAAUUCGAUCAUCUUCCGCCCAAGAUAUGGUUCGCAAAGAAUUCGAUGGCCACCAAGAUCUCCACACCAGCGCUUAUUACUUAACUAUUGUAACUAGUACUGCCUUUGGAUUUGCAUUGGACAUGGUCUCCAUUUGCUUUAUUGCCUUUGUCACAUACAGCUUUAUCAUAUUGGACGAUGGAAACACGUUCGCGGGGAACGUCGGGUUGGCUAUAUCACAAGUUUUAAUUUUAUGCGGCAUGGUACAACAUGGAAUGCGACAAACUGCGGAAACGAUAGCGCAAAUGACCAGCGUGGAGCGAAUUUUGCAAUUCACACAGCUUGAUAAGGAGGGGCAGUUCGAUAGCGAGCCUAACAAGAAGCCGCCCGCACAGUGGCCUUUUAAAGGACAGAUUCAGUUUGAAAAUCUCUAUUUACGCUACAGCGAGUCGUCGCCUUCCGUUCUCAAGAACUUAAACGUCCUUAUCAGACCUGGAGAAAAAGUAGGAAUAGUUGGUCGCACCGGGGCCGGAAAAACUUCUUUGAUCUCAGCUUUGUUCAGACUGACUAAACUAGAAGGUAGAAUAUGCAUAGACGACUGGGACACGAAUCAAAUUGGUCUUCACGACUUGAGAAAGAAGAUCUCUAUUAUUCCGCAGGAACCGAUUUUGUUCUCGGCAACUCUCCGAGAUAAUCUGGACCCGUUCCACAAUUAUGAUGAUGCUACUCUUUGGGCUGCUCUGGAAGAUGUGGAAUUAAAAUCGAGUAUCGUGUCCCUCGAUUACUUUGUGGAGCAAGGAGGAAGUAAUUUCAGUGUCGGUCAGAGACAAUUACUCUGUUUAGCGAGGGCUAUUAUACGGAACAAUAGGAUUCUUCUUCUCGAUGAAGCUACAGCCAAUGUGGAUCCUUCAACAGAUUCUUUGAUUCAAACCACUAUCAGGCAGAAGUUCAAACACUGCACAGUGUUAACUAUAGCGCACAGAUUGAAUACCAUAAUGGAUAGCGAUAAAGUACUAGUUAUGGAUCACGGAGAAGCGGUUGAGUUCGAACAUCCACACGUUCUACUUCAAGAUGCAGAAGGGCAUUUCACCAGCAUGUUGAAAGAAACUGGGAAACUUAUGUUCGAUCAACUAAGUAAAGUAGCAGAAAAGGCAUACAAAGGCGGUUCUGAGUGCAUAGAGCAGAAGGAGGUACAUUCAAAAUCUCUCAAUGGCAACACCACGGCCAAAGAUGCUUGAGAGAACGUCCGUUAGAUAUAAGAAAGUACUUAGCAUCUUGUAAUAAUUACUUUCAUAGUUCAUUUUCGUUGCUGUAGCUUAUAGUCCUUGCUGAGAUGGCUACACUACUUCAGCGUAUUGCAUGCAAACUUAAUGGCAGAAGAAACUUACGAUGAUAGAUAAAAUUAUCUUUUAUAUUAUUUUGAUAACUUCGUAUAUUGUUCCUAUACAAGAAAUAACGCGGGUUUUUCCAUAUUGUAAUGUUUUAAGAAAGUAUACAAGUAAAAAAAUAUUUUUGAGAUAUACAGAUACUUUUCCAAGUAUCUAACAACUAUGUACCAAAAACUACUUAGAAUUUAUUUUGUUAAAGUUGUAUAAGUAAAACUAUAAAAAUAGUUUGUCAUUUUAGAA